AAACGAAAUGAAAUCUGCUGAAAAUCUUCCCGUUAGGACAUCAUGUGAGUGUUUUUCUGUUUCACUUCGAUGCUACGUUGCUGUCUGGAUGCAAACAGCUGGUUUAAUUAACCAACCAGUUCACUAACGAGCAUGAAGCUGCGGGUUCGGAUCAACCGGCAGACGAGCAGGGUGGAGUUACCGGGAGAAGAACCCACUUUGCAGGAACUGUCAGAUCUCAUCAAGCAGAAGCUGCUAUCCCAUCAUGGACUCAGUGCCGACAUAGAGUUCAGUUUGUCUCUGAACGGCUCAGAACUCCUCUCAGAAUCUGGUCAAACUCUGUCAGCCUGUGGAGUCGUUUCCGGAGACCUGAUCAGUGUCCUUCUGCCGCAGCUUCCACCAGCCAACAUGGCAGCCUCAGAAAGGACCACAAACUUCACAAACAGCCAGCAGGCUGCCAGCGGGACCACUAGCCAGAACAACAGCAGCAGCAGCACUUCUGCAGCGCUGACAGAGCCCCUGCAAACCUGUGACAUGCAGGACUUUGAAUCAGUGCCUCCUGUCUGGGAGCCCAUGCUGUGCAGCGAGGCGGAGGAUGGUGAAGCACCUCUCUCUCUGGAGCUGCUCUACCACACGGCCCAGGUUGCCAGUCCCAACGACGCCGUGAUGGUGGCUGCACAUCUCCUCAUGCUAGAGACCGGGUUCGCUCCUCAGGGCAGCGAGCUGAAGCCUGGGGAGAUGCCUGCAGGAUGGAGGUCUACAGGUGGAGUCUACAGGCUGCAGUACGCUCAUCCUUUAUGUGGGGGCAGUCUGGUAUCUGUGGUGGCUGUGGGCAUGGCCCCGCUGCUUGUCAUUAAUGCGAUUCUAAAGGUGACUGAAACCAUCGACACAGCUCGGAAACUGCAGCUAAACGCGUCCACCUAUGUGAUUCACGAGUGGCCAGGAGAGAACGCAGCUGCAGCCUUCAAGGAUCUCAAGAAACUUUCCAGAAUCUUAAAAGACCAGCUGGCGUACCCGCUGAUUGCUGCGGCAAGAGAAGCGAUGGCUCUGCCAGUAGCGUUCGGUCUGCCGGCUCUUCCUCCUGAGCUCCUUCUCCGGAUCCUCCGGCUGUUGGACGUCCGCUCCGUGGUGAGACUGUCAGCGGUCAGCUGGCACUUCAACACCGCCACGUCGGACUCCACCCUCUGGAAGCACCUUUACCUCCGGGACGUCCAGAAUCCAGAUCGCAGCAGAUCCAGAGACACAGACUGGAAACAGCUUUACAAAAAGUCCUACAAGAUCCGCUCACUCAGGCAUCCCGUUCGUCCCUAUUCCCUGCCGCCCUUCCCUCUACGUGACAUCAUUAUCCCAGUCCCACGCCCCCUCUUCCCUCCGCUGCCAGGGAUCAUCGGGGGCGACUACGACCAGAGGCCGAACCUGCUGCCCCGCCCUCGCUUCGACCCGAUCGGCCAGCUCCUGGAUCCGGCUGCGAGUCGACCUCGUUUGGAUUUCCACAGACCAGCAGGAGGAAGACCAGCACACAUCCGAAGAGGAUUCAUCUGAGGGUUUAUUCCAGAACUGAACAAUAAAAAAAAUGGGACUAAAAAAGUUUAUCUAAGUAUAUGUUUGGUUCUGAAGUUUCCAAAAAUAGGACUGAAAAUUCUUGGAUUUCUUAAAGAAGCAGCUCUCCUUCAACACCUGAAUGUUUGAAGUAAGACAACAUAAAUCUCUAACUGAAUGUCUACAAAUGAGAGAAGAAAAUGUACUUAAAAUUAAAAUUUGAACUGAAAAUGAAUCUACCUGAAGGAUGUAUCCUCCAGAUGAGUCAGACAGCAGGCCUCAGAAACCUGGCAGAUGAUUCACAAGCUCAUGGUGUGGUCGCAGCUUCAGUUAAACUUAUUAAACAGGAUCAAAUCAUGUUUCCAUGGCAGAUUUAUGUGAACAAGAGUCUGUUUUUGCCACUACAAACUGAAAGCUUUGUAUUAUUUUUGUAUUCAAGCUCUUUAGGGGCAAAACAUUUCCUUUGUUUAAGCUCAGAGGCAUCAUGUUGAGGUUUAACAGCUUUAAUAAAAUAAAUCAGUCCAGAAAAA